GUCCUCACCAGAGGAUUAUGCCACGCAGAAGCAGUAUGACGGGAAUGGAGAGGUCUCCACAAUUUCCCCAUGCCGCGAGCUCGGAGAUGGCCCUACAGAUUGGGGGUUGAUAAGCACGCCAAGUGAAGCCAAAUGGACUCCUCGGUCAAGAUGGUGUGUGGAGGCGCAGGGGAUGCUGUGAAGGUCAUUCGCCGUCGCCAUCGUGAGGAUGUGGAGUGCUGAGAGUGUCGGAGGCAGAAAUUGGGCUCAUUCUGCCCGACCCUCAUGCACAUUCGACUCCGAAGCUCGGGCCCACUCGUGGUUGACUCCAGCUGUUCACGUCCAUGAACCAAGCACAUCAUCAGGCACUCGCAAACCUCGUCCUCGGUCCUAGCUUCUCGCCCGAAAAUGGACGAAGACCGGUGGCACAGCCACAUCACCAUCGACUUGAUCGCUCGCGUUCUCAACCGCAGCAUCUUCCAUCCCUUUGUGGCCUGGCUGGUCCCGCUCUGUCUUCGAGCAGUCGCCACGCCUUAUGCCGCUCCAGAGUUCUCUGCUUCAUGCUUUUGGGCUUCAAUCGUCACACUAGCCACUGUCGCUGCAUAUCUCGAUCGCAGGAUAGCGUACGGGGUGCCGAGGCAGGUGGACUGGGACCAUGAAGUCGUGGUGAUUACCGGAGGCGCAAGCGGGCUGGGCAAAAUCAUGGCGGAGAUGUAUGGCAUGCGAGGCGCCAGUGUGGCCAUUCUUGACGUCCAGAAGCCCAGCAAGGAGAGUGAGGGCCUGUCCGGCGUCCACUUCUACCCCUGUGAUGUCGGAGACGCGGGCGCGGUGGAAAAGGGCAGCGUGCAGAUAGCCAAAGACCUCGGCCAACCCACCAUCCUCAUCAACAAUGCCGGCAUCGUACACGGCAAGCCCCUCCUCGACCUCACCCCAGCCGAACUCCAACGCAACUUCAACAUCAACCUACUAUCCCACUUCCACACCAUCCGCGCCUUCCUGCCCGGCAUGCUGGAGUCGCAGCAAGGCAGAGGCGGCACCAUCGUCACCGUCUCCUCCGUCCUGGGCAAACUGGGCGCCAGCCAUCUAUCAGAUUACACGGCAGCCAAAGCCGGCCUGAUCGCCAUGCAUGCCUCCUUGCGCGCCGAGUUGGCGUCGCGCAACGCCCCUCCAGGCGCACAGAACAUUCGCACCAUCCUCGUCACACCCGGGCAGCUCAACACGAGUCUGUUUGCGAAAGUCGUCCCGCCGAGUCCCUUCUUCGGCCCGGUCGUCGAGCCAGUCGAACUGGCGCGGGACAUUGUGCGGAUGGUGGAUGCCGGGGAGAGCGGGGAGAUUAGUUUACCUUUGUAUGCGAGAUGGAUAGAUUGGAUGCAAAUUCUGCCCGCGGGAAUGCAGAGACUCGCGCGGUGGGUGAGUGGCGUGGACAGAGCGAUGGAAGCCAGUGGCCGCUCCAGCAAAAACGUCUCGAAAUCGGGGACGGGUUAAUGGAAAGCGGAUGGAACAGUAGCACACCGUGCCUGCCCGUCUGCACACAAUCGAUCGAGAUUCGAGCU